AUGCAGUCCGCAGAGGUUACGGCACUCGAAUCGCCUGCCAUCAAGGCGGCGCUGGAAUGCUCGCCCUCUUUGCAUCCUGCACGAAAGACCGUUGGCGCUCAUCUGCCAUACACAGGCCGAGAGACACACAUUUUUUCUCGUGUUGGGUACCAGACUCCCCCUGGCUACCACUACAACUGCAACAACAGACCUUCAACAGCCCUAAGAAUCCUCGGGGAUAGCAGCUGGGGUCGUUUCUUCUUUGCGAAGCAAGCCGGCCUGAAGGUGGGUGGUUUGGCUUUCGCGUUCUUCCUCUGCUGGGGUCCUCUCGAUCAGUGUUUCCUGAAGCUGCGUCCCAAGCAACGCGAAAGGCGCGAGAAGAUGGCGUCCGCAUAA